AACAUUCAUGAUCUGUCUAUUUAAUGAUGCAAUCACUUAGUUGUUUGUGGUUGAAAAAGAAACUGCUAAUAACACUAAAAAAAGGUAAAAAUAUCAACCUUUAGUGAAAGUGUCAUUUAUAUUACGAAGUUUGUUGCUAUUGACGCCCACCUUUGUCGUUGAUAUUGUUGUUGUUAGAAGUUUGUUGCUUGAAAUUGAGGCCUUGGUUGAGGAAAUAGGGUCUUGGUUGAUAUCUGCCGGUAGGCCCUAGAAAACCCGAUGGUCUCGGAUUAGCAGUGAUUACCAUGAAAAGUUUGAAUGGUUGCGCUACCUCGGGUUGUAUGUGUUGUUAUAACUUGUGUAGCAUUUGAGAUAAAAUUCACUUGUUCUCUCGGGUGGUGGCUUCCAUCAUAAUUUGGCAUUCCUUCAACUUGUGGUUGGGGCUUGAACACCAUUCGCACACCAUCAGUUGGCUUUUACUUUGACUUCUAUCCUUCAACAGUACCUUGAUCAACCCAUCAGUCUUUGCCUCAAGUGAAGGACUUGCCUCGAUAGCAUGGAAUUCUCUCACUAGUCCUCCUUCGUCUCCUUGUCAUGCCCCAAUCAUACCUCUUCAACGCCAUUUCUUUAAACAACUCGGAUAUUUGUGGGGGUGUCUCGUUGAGCAUGUUCCCUUGGCACAAGGAAUCGAUGGGCAUAUGGUCUUCUUGGAAGAGACCGUUGUAAGAGAUUCCAAUCUUGAAAUAUUCAUCAAAACCAUGGUGUGGGCAUUGAAGGAAGAUGUCGGUAUAGAGCUCCCAAGCAUCUCUCAAGGUUUAAACUUCUUCUUGAGCAAAGCGAGUGAUCUUUCUUCUAAACUCCAUUGUCUUGGAAGGCUGGAAGUCCUAGCCAUGAACUUUGUGAACAAGUCAUCCCAAGAAACAAUUGAGAGAGGAGGUCGAUUGUUGAGUCAAGUUCAUGUCUUGCCACUUAGGGAGUAUGAGAAAAGCCUCAACCUAAGUGCUUCCUAUGGUACUCCAUUCAUCUUUAGACCAUCUGUCAACUUGUAGAAUCGAAUGAUAUGUUCUCUUGGUGACUCAUUUUCAAGACGAUGAAAUUGGAUUUUUCUAUGGAUCAUGGUGAUGAUACUCGUCUUGAUCUCAAAGUCGUUGGCCUCCACGAGUGAAUGCUGGAUGCUAAGUUGGAUGUCUGCCACCUGCAGGGACAUUUAGUACUCCAUGGUCUUUGCUCCAUCCCCAUCUUGUGUGGCUUUGUUCGCCAUACAAGUCUUUCCUCGCUUCCCUUAGCUCCUUCUCAUGAGCAAGUAGCCGGAGAGUUCGAUUGAUGUGGUUUUAUAGUGUUUCUAAGAGUGUUGGAUUGCUCUGGGUCAUACACCACAUGCACACACUACAAACAACACAAAGAGCCAACAAGCAAGGUCCGACGCACGAAAUGCAAGAAAAGAAAAUUCGGAUUAACAGUAGUUCAUAUUUUCAAGAUAAUAAACCAUUGUCUUGUUCCUAGCAACGACGCCAGAAAACUUGACUCGUGUCCUACUACACACUCUCAUUAAAAGGCCAAGUAUAACCUAUGAUCGGGUGUAGUAUAGAACAAGUAUUUUCAAUUUAUCAAACCUGGGCAGUUUAUAUAUUCGUACUUCAGCAAACUACAUAUUAUCUAGCAGUAGAAACGUUGUUUCAAGCUAUUAAAUCAAACAAGCAAAAUUAAGUUGAAUUAAAGUGAGAAAGCAUCACUCGGAUGAUUAUACCCCUAGUCCCGUAUGUGAGAUGAUGACAUGAUACUAUAGCGUGAUUUUCAUGUUAUAUAUAUAUUUAGGAGAUCAAAACUAGUUAGGAGUCUCUAUUCGAGUUGUCUUAACCCGCCUAGUUACUCUAAUUGGAGAGGUGUACCAAACUAUCGAAUUAGGAAACUAGGGGACCAAAUCCACUCCCUCAGACGAUGACCCGGAACGACGUAAAAAACCCAAUCACCCUCGUUCAUGGCUCUCUACGAUGAUUGAAUAGUGACCCAAAUUACUAUAAAGAGAUCUUCUCUCUCUUAGGUUAAUUUGCCACAAAAUUGGGGGAAUGAUCAAUGAUACUCAGUUUUCAUGAUAAAUACUGAAGCAAUAUAUAAUCAAACAUGUCAAUCACAACGUAGAGUUCAUAACCAUCAAUCCACAAUCCUAGAAUAGGGUUUACAUAAUCCAAGUGAUAAGGGAAAUCUACUCCAUAAUAAGAGAAAGAACUACAACUAAAGAGAAUGAAAACCCCAUAGAAAGUUGAUUCUCCUUCUUCCUAGUUGCUUGGAAAUGGUGUUGAAGAUGCAAUAUGGACUGCUUUGGUCUUGGGUAGGUCAAAUUCCUCUACAAUCUACAUUGGUUCUUCAUUGUCUCUCUAAGUUGUGGAAGAAGAAGAAACCCAUCUCACACUAGAACUUUUCUCCCAUUGAAAUCUGAUCUCCUUCUCCUUUUAUACUUGACAGUGCAUGUUUCAUGGUAUGUCUUCAUGACCAUAAUGUGUGCAGUGAAACCAUAAUCUCAACCCAAAAUGCACCUUUCACUUACACACUUCAUAAUUUUGUUGUACAUUUCACGCCCUGAGCCCAUGAUCAUUGCACUACCGGUGUGACUUCCGAAUGCUCCUGGAACUUUUCACACUUCACGGUUUGGCUGCAAUCUUCACAAUCUCCUAUCUGUGACAAUGUCCUCUGAACCGUGAUCCAUGCAAUUUCAAGCUCUUUGUCCCUUUUUUAUCCCUUUUGUCCGAAUUUCUAUCUUCUCGCUCAAUAGCCUGAAACAUACUAAAACAUUCCAAAACUUAUUGUACCAAGGAGCAAACGACACAACAAAAGGGGUCAAAACAUGUAUAGAAUGGCCCAGAUCACUCCUGACACACGGAAAAAGGGGGGAAAUGAGAAAAUUGAAACAAGUAUGUUGAAAGAUAAAGUGCUAAACGGAUA